AUGUGGGCUAAUGGGAGCAGCAGGAUGCAGUACAAGUUCUUUGGUGACGUGGUCACAUUCGACACCACAUACAGGACAAAUCUGUACGACAUGCCAUUCGGUCUAUUUGUUGGAGUUAACAAUCACUACCAGAGUAUCAUCCUGGCAGGAGUGUUGAUGCGCGACGAGCAGGAAGAGAGCUUCGAAUGGCGUGUUUUCAGAAUUCAUUCGCAUGAUGGGCGGACCUGCACCAAAAACAAUACUAACAGACCAAUGCAGAGCAAUGGAGGUUGCGAUCAAGAAAAUUUAUCCAAACACUGUCCACCGUUGGUGCAAGUGGCAUGUUCUCAAGAAGGCGAAGGAAACACUGGGGCUGUUUUACAUGAAAAAGUGUGA